AGACACUAUACUACGAAUGGGGCUUCUACGCACGCCGAGGGAGGGGCCGGCGAGGCCUUCCGCGGAGUACGGUGGCCCGGAGCGGGCGGCUGUGGACGCGAGUGUCGGGGUGAUGGUGGUGCGGCCCCGCCGGCUGGAGGCCAGAUAAGCCACAAGUCCACUGCACUGAUCUCCAAUUCCUGCUGAACCAAACCUGGACUGUUGUUUCUUGGUCCUAAAGAACGUCGGGGAAAACCUCACCCUGUCUUAAUGAUGGUCUUUCUGUCCAUGAAGAAGCAGUCCCAGGAACUAACCACAUUUGUUUGACUACUCCAGUAUAAUCUUUCAGGCUUCACUGAGGGAACAUCUUAGAGAGUCAUUGUAUUUCUAAGCCUUCAAUAUUUAUUUUGGGGCUGUGGACCCUCUUACCAGAUACAUUUUGGAUCAAAAUGGAAGGUGUCGAAGACAUUUUGGAUCAAUUAUACAAGAAAGUACUUCUUGGAGCCAGCCUUGAAGAUGAUGUCCGUGGUUACAUCUUUUAUCUCAACCCUGACCUCUCAGAACAAGCUGGCUCUCUAGCUCGUUCUAAUGUCAGUGGUGCACUUGAUGGGGUGCCAAGCCACCAUGGGCCAUCCUCCAGUGACCCGACCACCCUUCCUGAAGCAUGGGAGUGUGCAAAGGGUCACUUUGUGAUGAGCAGGGCCCGGGAGGUGAAGCUCCUUCAGUUAACAGUGCUGGAUGUGAUGCUGAGCCGAGUGCUGUCCCCUGAAACAGAGCCCCAGGCAAAGGAGGAGUACAGAGAGCUGACUGAAGGCCUUUUGCAGUCAGCUGAAGUCGAUUCCAAACUGAUCUGGAUGCUCCGGAAUUCUGACAAGUUGUUGUCUCACAUGGCUGCGAAGUGUCUCUCGUCGCUCCUCUAUUUCCAGCUGAGAGCGAAGAUGACAUUGAGUAAUCCCUGGAUCACUUUUUGCCAAAAGCAUCUCUCUGAAUCCUCUGAAAGUGGAGAAGCAGUGCAUUGCCUCUGGAUUCUUACAGUUGUAAUAAAGGAAAUCUUUAAAGAUACACAUUGCCAGCAAGCAGAAAUGCUAAAGCAGCUCUUGGCUCCUUUUGACAUUACUUUUGAAGUAUUCUACAAUUCCUUAUUUUCUCAGCAUUUUGGAAACUUCCAGAAUCCCUCUAAUGUAGUCAACAGCUUGGUGUGCUUCCUGGAGCUGCUUGAACUUCUCACAGCCUCCAGAAUCCACCUGAAACUGCACUUUAAGAGCCAAAGGAUGCUAUUUUUGAAACCCCAUGCUCUAGAUAUUCUCGCCUGGCCUAUUCCAGCUUUUGUUAAAAGGAAAUUGGUUAUAGUCAUCAAAAAGUGCCUCCUUGGUAAAAUGGGGGAAGACCUGUGCCGGGGAUCUGUGCCUGCCCUGAUGUCACCGGACCACCUCCUGGACGGUGACUUGCUGGCCUUAGCUGAUGCACUGCUGCAUGCCGUGCGCCUGGGAUUGUGGAAGGACUUGUCUGUGCCUGGAAAGCCUUCCUGCUUUGGAGGGGAUGUAAUUCAGCCUGGAUGCAGACCCAGGUCUGGACCUGACCACGUGACCCUGAGAGCAGCCAGCUUAAUUACUGUGAAAUCCUUAGAAAUCAAGUUCCAGAAUUGUACCUCAGCAGCUGAAAUGAGAGUUGACUUGCAGAAGUUCAUGUCCCAGUUACUGACCUUCUUGAGACCUCACCUUCAGCCCACUCUACAACUACACAACCAGUGUGAAUGGUUGUCCAGGGUCUUCAUAGAACAGGACGAUGACAUGCUGGAGGCUGCCAAAGCAUCCCUCAGCAUCUACCUCCAGCUGACCAGAAUGUUCCAGACACUUAGAGAAUGGUUCUGGUCGGAGAGAUUCUGGCUUCCUCCAACAAUUAAGUGGUCAGAUCUCGAAGACCAUGAUGGGUUCAUCUUUGUUAAAGCUUCCCAUUUGUACAUGACAAUUCCAUAUGCCCUUCUCUUGGUGAUCGUCAGAUACUUCUUUGAAAAGUUUGUUGCCACACCUCUAGCAAAUGCAUUUGGCAUUCAAAAGACAGUGCAUAAAAUUAAGCCAAAUGCCACCUUAGAGAAUUUUUUCAAGCAUUCCACAAGUCAACCAUCACAUACUGAGGUUUAUGGACUGGCAAAGAAAUGUAACUUGACAGAGCGCCAGGUUGAGAGAUGGUUUAGGAGUCGGCGGAAUCAAGACAGGCCUUGCAGGGUGAAGAAAUUCCGGGAAUCUUGCUGGCGAUUUACAUUUUACUUAAUGAUAACUGUGGCUGGAGUUGCAUUUCUUUAUGAUAAACCAUGGGCGUAUGACCUCUGGGAGGUUUGGCAUGACUAUCCCAAGCAGCCUCUGCUGCCGUCUCAGUACUGGUACUACAUUUUGGAGAUGAGUUUUUAUUGGUCACUGCUAUUUAGCCUGGGCUAUGAUAUCAAGAGGAAGGAUUUCCUCGCUAAUGUCAUCCACCACCUGGCUGCCAUUAGUCUGAUGAGCUUCUCCUGGUGUGCUAAUUAUAUCCGCAGUGGGACCCUCGUGAUGCUGGUGCACGAUGUGUCUGACAUUUGGCUGGAGUCUGCUAAGAUGUUUUCAUAUGCUGGAUGGAAGCAGACCUGCAAUAUCCUAUUUCUCAUCUUCUCUAUCGUGUUCUUCAUCAGCCGAUUCAUCAUUUUCCCAUUCUGGAUUUUGUACUGCACCCUGAUUCUGCCUCUGUACUACCUCGAACCCUUCUUCUCAUACAUCUUCCUCAACUUCCAGCUCAUGGUCCUGCAGGGCCUUCACCUUUACUGGGGUUAUUUCAUAAUGAAGAUGCUCAAUAGAUGCAUAUUCAUGAAGAGCAUUCAGGACGUGAGAAGUGAUGAUGAAGAGGAAGAGGAAGAGGAAGAAGAGGAGGGCACCAAAGGCAAAGGGACAGAUUACCUGAAGAAUGGCCUUGGUACCAACAGGCAUCUCAUUCCCAAUGGUCAGCACAGCCGCUAGCUUGAAGCUCUGGAACUCCCAUGGCACAGUGUGCUGCCAGGACAUUGGGUAGCCUGCUCCCCGACACACAGAGACCCCAGUUUGCCCUUUGUUUUAUUUUAUUUUUUAGAUUGGAGUUUCCUAUGUUACCCAAGCUGGUCUCCAACUAAAGUCAUCCUGCCUUGUGAUAAAAUGUUCAAAAGUGGGAUACCCAUGGGUUUCCCCACAACCAGACUCAGGCUGGCAGGGGAGGCCAGAGGUUUCUCUAGGCAGGUGUUCAUUCUUCCUGUGUCCCCUCCUUAUAGAAUUUGAAGUGGUUGACUUUCUCAGGAACUCGUUUUGUCUGAAUGUUCUCACCUUCCCACCUCUCCCUGUUCAGGAUGGUUUGACAAGUGGCUCAGGAAACCCACUUUACCCAGGUAUUUGGCCACAAUAGCACCUCAUCUUCCAAAAG